CUGUGCUGAGCCAGGAGGCGGGCUCAGGCGUCUUCUUGGCUCGGCUCUCACCUGGGCGCUGCCAAAUCGCAGGAAUCUGCCAAUCGCAGCGAGGGUCGGCUCGUCGCCGUGACAACGGAGCGGCUGUGCCCUUUGCCGCCCUCCGUGAAGCCGGGGAAGCGAAAGGAGAGAAGCGUUGUUCACUCCCUCCCAUCAUUCCUUCUUUCCACGCCGCCGCACUCGCCUCUCGUGGCUGCUGUGGUGGUGGUGGUGGUGGUGGUAGAGGGCUAUGUAACAUAUGAAUACUUAUCUACAUGAUGAAAAAUUUCUCUCUGGGAAAAUUUGUGUUUACCAUAAUAUGUGAAAUGUGGCACUCCAGGUUUUUUUGCAAGUACACCAGUUGGGCAACUGUCAGCUAAAUCAUUGGCUGUGGCGUAUGUUUCAUUGUACGGUAUUAAAAUUUUAGCAAACAUCUAACUACCUCUAUGAACAAAGAAUAAUAUUAUUGGAAGCACUUCUGUACAUGGACUCUGUGUGAUGGCUUAUAUAAGAACGCUAAGACGAUUUGUAAUGAAACACUUGUCCCAGUGGAAACUUUGGAAGUUUACCUUCAUUAUUUUUAUCUUCUUAAUAUUUUUGUUUUUGUUACAAAGAGAAGUUGGUAUUCAGGAUUUUAAUGAGGAACCUGGGAUCCCAUCAAAAGAUGGAAAGAUUAAUAAUGUACUAGGUCUAAUGUUAAAAGCUGUGAACAAUAUUAAAGUUGCAAAGCCAAAAAUGCAAAUAAAAGCACCCAUUAGGCAAACUCAAAAUGCUGGACAGAAACGCUGUUUGCCUGGAUCUUAUACAGCAGCAGAGCUGACACCGCAUCUGGAUCGACCCCCUCAGGAUUCCCAUGCUCCAGGGGCUUCUGGUAAAGCAUUUAAAACUGUCAGUUUAAGUCCAGCCGAACAAAAGGAGAAAGACCGUGGGGAGGAAAAACAUUGUUUUAAUGCUUUCGCAAGUGAUAGGAUUUCUUUACACCGGGAUCUUGGACCAGACACGCGACCUCCUGAAUGUAUUGAGCAAAAGUUUAAACGCUGUCCUCCACUACCUACUACAAGUGUUAUCAUAGUUUUUCACAAUGAAGCAUGGUCUACUCUUCUGAGAACAGUUCACAGUGUGAUAUAUACCUCCCCUGCAAUAUUACUGAAGGAAAUAAUUUUGGUGGAUGAUGCCAGUGUAGAUGAAUACUUGCACGGUAAAUUGGAUGAUUAUGUGAAACAAUUCCAGAUAGUUAAAGUUGUCCGACAAAAGGAACGAAAGGGGCUCAUCACUGCUCGAUUAUUAGGCGCUUCAAUAGCAACUGGAGAAACCCUCACUUUUUUGGAUGCACACUGUGAAUGUUUCUAUGGCUGGCUAGAGCCUUUGUUGGCCAGAAUAGCUGAAAACUAUACUCGUGUCGUAAGCCCUGAUAUUUCAUCUAUAGAUCUCAAUACAUUUGAAUUUAUUAAACCUUCCCCUUAUGGUCAAAACCACAAUAGAGGGAAUUUUGACUGGAGUCUGUCCUUUGGAUGGGAAUCUCUUCCUGAGUAUGAAAACAAAAGAAGGAAAGAUGAAACCUAUCCUAUUAAAACACCCACUUUUGCAGGAGGCCUCUUUUCAAUAUCAAAGGAUUAUUUUUACAAUGUUGGAAGCUAUGAUGAAGAAAUGGAAAUAUGGGGAGGAGAAAAUAUAGAAAUGUCUUUCCGAGUAUGGCAGUGUGGGGGUCAGCUGGAAAUCAUACCUUGCUCAGUUGUUGGCCAUGUAUUUCGCAGCAAGAGCCCCCAUACCUUUCCAAAAGGGACUCAAGUGAUCACCCGUAAUCAAGUUCGUCUUGCAGAAGUCUGGAUGGAUGAAUUCAAAUAUAUAUUUUACCGGAGAAACACAGAAGCAACAAAAAUAGUUAAACAAAAAACUUUUGGUGACCUCUCAAAAAGACACGAGUUAAGGCAACGAUUACAAUGUAAAAACUUUACGUGGUAUCUUAGCAGUGUUUUUCCUGAGGCAUAUGUGCCAGAUUUGAAUCCUUCAUUACAUGGAUAUUUAAAAAAUGUUGGAAGAAGAGCAUGCUUGGAUGCAGGAGAAAAUAAUAAUGGUGGCAAACCACUGAUUAUGUAUACUUGUCAUGGACUUGGAGGAAAUCAGUACUUUGAAUAUUCUGCACGUCAUGAAAUUAGACACAACAUCCAGAAAGAGCUAUGCCUACGUGCUUCUCCUGGAGCAGUACAACUUCAUGAUUGUGGCUACAAAGGGAAGAAUAGCAGAACUCCUGUAGAAGAAAAAUGGGAAAUUCGAGAGGACCAGUUGUUGUACAACACAGCCUUAAAGAUGUGCCUGACGGGAAAUAGAGAACAUCCAAGCUUGGAAUCAUGUAACCCCUCAGACCUCUUCCAAAAAUGGAUUUUUAGCCAAAACAAUUAAGUACUGCUACUGGAAAUUAGAAGAUGCAUUAAACAGGAACUGCAUCUCCUUCAAAAUUAUACAGAUUUAACUUAUGCAGAACCAGCUAACUAUACAAUAUUUUAAAGCAUUUUUACUUCAAAAGUAAAUGCAUAAUUUAGCUAGCAAGAAAUCCAAAGAAUACUUAGGUUUCUUGACUCUUUAAAAAUGUUUACAAAUACUGGAAAUUACAUUUCCAGUAUAAAUUUUUAUAAAACCUCUGUCUUUAAGACUUAAUUCUCUGUGGUGUGGGGAUAGUUUGUAACGACAUACAUGCAUACAUACACCCAUGCAUAAAUUCUGCUCAAUAACUUGGGAGAAACUUGUGAAUGAAGGUAGGAGGAAUGAUUUUUCCCUAUAUUAUCUGAAAAAUAAAGCGCCUUAUAGGUGUUUGUUAUAAUUUACACUGGGUCAACUUUUCCAAAAUGACUGUUCCUGGCUUAGAUAGUGACCUAGACUGCUCAUUAAGCACUCCAGCAGUUGUGAAAGUAUGAAGUUCUAUUACCACUCUUUAAUAAAAAAAAUAUGUUCUCGGUGUUAGCCCGUUGUUAUACUGUUGGAUCUCUGUUUGCUGCCGUUUUUGCUGUUCUGUUGUUCAGUAUGCUUAUCAAUGAUGAGCUUUUUAUGUUUAAGAUUUCUGAAACUGAUUAUAAAAUGGUUAUCUGUCGGUAGAAAAAGUGUGUGUUGCUUCUCCUGAUGUGCCACAUUACUAGUUUAUUUGGCAAUUUUGGUGUCUUUUUUGUUUGUAUUGUGUACAGGUUCCAAGUUUCCACAUUUGCAGUUUCUCAGUUCCUAUUCUCUUCUUCUCUCCAAUGAUAUGUUGUCCUGUGUUUAAAAGGGUCAUGUUUUGGAUUAUUAACACAGAGCUAUUACAAAACAUUGUUAAGUGAAAUAGUGUUUCAUCCGAAAUUUGGUACCUUUUUAGUUUAACUGAACAUGCUUUGUGUACAGUUAUGAUUUUUUAUGUUUUCUACAUUGCAAGGAAUGUUAACAAAUUGGCUCACCAGUUACACAUCUUAAUUCAGCGCCAAUACUCAGUUUUACUUUGCUGCUUAGUGUCAUGGAUCAAACUAGCUGAGAAAAUAGUGUGAUUACAUCAAAAAGUAACAAACCAAAACCUUGGUGAACAAUGUCAUAAAAGUGUAGAGAAAAGAGCAAAAGUACAUAUUUCUCCAGCAUUCUCCAGGGGUAGAAUCACACCCCAGAGAAGCUUUUUUCUGAGCACUGCAGGUAUAUGUUUGCUAUUCAUUCAUAGGUUUCUGUGCUGUGUUCCAUGUACACAAAGCAGCUUUACAGGUUCUCCCUGGUGGACACAGCUCCUCCCAUGGAGGUGCAUAGAGUUGCCCCCAGAAAUGAAAACUGGCCAUCCCCAUCCCCUUGUACACGUAGAAGCACUUUCUGUGCACCCCUGGGCCUUUCUGGAUCCCACCCAAAACACUGUUUGCUAUGCAACCUUCCCCAAUCUUGUGCCCUCCAGAUCUUUUAGACUACAACUCCAGUCAGCCCCAGCCAACAUGACCAAUAUUCAGGGGUGAUAGGAGUUGUAGGUCCAAAACAUUUGGAAGGCAUUAGGUUAAGGGAGGUUGUUAUUAUAUUUGCAGUCUCAGAUAAGGCAGCAGUUUUUCUUGUUUAGAUAUCUGUGUGUUUAAACAACAACGAAAAUAUCACAACUGCUUGAGGCCUUGCAUAUAUGAUAAGAAAAUCUUAUUGUGGAGAUGCUGCUUGUGUAAGUAAAGUUCUGCAAUGUGGCUGAAGUUUAAGCAAACUCAUUGUUCUUCCUGAAAAGUAGGUUUUAUAUUUGUUUUUCUGUUGAUAUAGUGGCUUUCUUCCACUUCCUUGAUUUGGUGUAUAAGUCACAAAGUUAACUGCUAUUUUUCUUCCUCCACAAUUGUAUUGCCCAAAAUGUUCAACCAAAACUAUAAUUAUGACUUCAUAGUAUUUCAGCAUUUUAUUUUUAUCUUCACUGCAAGGAUUUCUGCUGCUGUGCCCCCACCCCCAAGGUCUCGCAUUUGACUUAAACAUGACACAUUUACUGUUCCUCCAGGUUAGAUUCUUUUUUUGAACUCCUAAGCAUUUGUUUCAGGUAUUUGACAUGUUGUAUAUUUUGCCUCUUUAAUUCUGUUCCAUAACAUAAUAAAAAUAUUA